CGACUUGUGGGGCCCUAUCUAUUCAAUCUCUCGAGCCCCGAAGAAAAUCCCCCUCUCCCUCGCCUCGGACUCCAUCUCUCUUUUGACUCCAUAUAUGUGGGCACCUGAUAUCUAUGAGGGUUCACCCACCCCGGUGACAGCAUUCCUUUCUAUUGCGCCUAAAAUCUCUAUUUCUGCAAAUAUGUCACGUGUUUCUAUUGUUGGUUCCUAUGGAGGUACAUGGCAACAAAUCUUCUUUUUCUGCAGCAUUGCUUCUAUGAUUUUAGGAGCACUGGCCGCCAUGGCCCAAACGAAAGUCAAAAGACCUCUAGCUCAUAGUUCGAUUGGACAUGUAGGUUAUAUUCGUACUGGUUUCUCAUGUGGAACCAUAGAAGGAAUUCAAUCACUACUAAUUGGUAUAUUUAUUUAUGCAUCAAUGACGAUAGAUGCAUUCACAGCGAAAAGGCGUAACGAUGCUGGGCACUUUCUUGGAGAGGCUCGGCUUAGGUGGAGGGUGAAGAAGCCUCCUUCCGGGGGGAUCAGCAUGCCUCGGUUAGAUCGGUCUCAUGAUCAGCGCAUUCGAUACCGGGCCCUUAAACGGCAGUUCGAUAGGCUUUAUAAGUUCGACACCAGAAUGAAUUGCUCUGCCCCCUCAAAAAUGCACGCGGUGAGAUGGGAACUCGUCUGCAGACCGAAAACGGAGGGCGGUUUGGAAAUUCGAAGUUUGAAAGACUGGAACACUGCCAGUCAGGCUAGAUUAUUCUGGGAAGUAGCUAGUGGUAAGAAUGAUCUUAGGGGCUGA